AUAAGUAAAAAUAAACAAAAGUACAGAAAAUUUUCACAAAGUAACAUAUUUCUGCAAAAAAAAGUUAAAUUUUAUAGCAUAUAGAUAAUAAAAAAUUAAAAAAUGACGCUGUUGGAGAACUACGAACAGCAAUAUGCAUCAUUGAUUGCUGAAAUUACCAGCCAAAUUGGCAGAUUGACUCUAACAAAUGAACGAAGGGAACAGUGUGCAAAAAUCGAUGCCAGCUUAACAGAAGCCCAAGAACUGUUGGAACAAAUGGGUCUGGAGAUCAGAGACCUUAAUGCAGCACAGAGAACAACAGCCACCAAUAAACUAAACUGUGCCCAGGUUGAAUUAAAGCGACUGCAAACGGAAUAUUCGAAAGCCAAAGAGGCGGGUAAGAAGAAACACACAACCUUGGAUCUACAAGCAGCAGCUGGAGACUAUGACGACUAUGAAGAUGUGGCCAUAAGCAAUGAUCAGAGACAGAGACUGUUGGAGAAUUCGGAGACCAUAGAAAGAACGGGAAAUCGCCUUCAAGAUGGCUAUCGUGUGCUCGUCGAAACCGAAACAUUGGGCGCUCAGGUCUUGAGCGAUUUGCAUCAUCAACGAGAAACCAUACAAAAUUCACGAGGACGUUUAAGAGAAACUAAUGCUGAAUUAGGUCGGGCAUCAAGAACUCUAAACACCAUGUUGCUAAGGGCUUUAAGAGAAAAGGCCGUGUUGUAUGUAGUUGGAGGAUUUUUUGUGAUUGGUGUAGUUAUAAGUCUAUAUUUUACGUUUACUUCGUCAACAGCUACGUCUUAAAGAAAAUUAAAAGACAUUUUGUAUGUAUAAUUACAUUGAUGGUAUUGUUGAAAUUAUUAUAAUUUUUUUUUAUUAUUUUUCUAAAUCUUACUUUUGAGAAAACGAAACGAAAAAUAUUCAUUCAUUCCAUUUAAAUUGAACAAUAAAUUGUUGAAUAUAUAUAAAUGUAAUAAUUUUAACAGUAA